GUAGCUAAUCCUGUUGGUUUUCUAACAAUGCUCGUUGUUAUUCUUCUGAUCAUCGCUGCUAUACAUCUGUCUGAAUGCUGCCUUUUUGGCAUAGAGCCCUUAGGAAUAAUCAAAGCUCGCGCUGUUAUCUAUCGAGCCGUACCUGGUGGUAAUCCCACUACACCUAUUGGGGUCGUUGAUCUCACCCAAAUAGGAUGCACAUUAGCUGGCACCAUAUAUGGCCUUACGCCAGGACUUCACGGCUUCCACGUGCAUGAAAUAGGAAAUUUGGGAAAUGGUUGUCUAGCUGCAGGCUCGCAUUUCAAUCCUGCUAAUAUGACACAUGGUGCCCCAAGUGAUUCAAUACGACAUGUGGGCGAUCUUGGGAAUGUUAAGGCUCAGGUGGGCACAAUGAGGAUACAAAAUAUCUUUAGAGCUAUCAGGCGAACUAUCACCCAAAGAAAGGCUUUAAAGCGCUCUUAUCCCAACACUUUAGCGCAUUUCUUCGACAGUGGUGUUGCUGCAUUCUACAUGUAUGACUCACAAAUCACACUGAAUGGUCCAAAUAACAUUGUUGGAAAAACUCUUGUCAUCCACGAUAAUGUAGAUGAUUUGGGUCGUGGAAAUCACCCCGAUAGCAAAACAACCGGAAAUGCAGGAGGACGUUUUGGUUGUGGAAUUAUCAAGCUGAUUUGA